GAGAAAGUCAGUCCGACGUCGGCGCCGCAACAGACGUACGGGUGGUAGGACGCGCCUUCUUGUAAAAGCUGCCCCCCUCCCAUCUCAUCUGCCGAGUCGGGUACCACCCGUGACACCCGCGGUCGUCGAUUAAUCACGCGAGAGAGGGUUCCGUUAAAGGGAGAAGAGGAAAAAGGAAAUACAGAAGAGAGAAAAGAGAUCAAAGUAGAAGAAGAAGAAAGAAAGAAAGGAAAACAGACUCAACGUGUGGGUGCGAUCAUCAUUUUCGAGGAGAACUUGAAGGAGAAAUAUUUUCGAAAGGGGAAAAAGGAGUCUCUCCCUCUCUUUCUCAUUCUCUCCCUUUCUCUCUCUCUCUUUCUCUCGCGCGCGCUUUCACUCCGGUUCUCUGGUCGCGCGCGUCCCGUUUCAGUGGAGGGAUCGAGAUUGAUCCUCGGUCCUCGGUGUUAUUCGAAAGAGUGGACCAGGGUAUCCCCGGGGUUACCAGUGAUUGACGGCGGGGAUCAAGAGGGGAUCGAGCGCGGGAUCGUCCGGAGAAAAGCGGGUCGGUGCACGCAGUGCCUUUUUCUUGCGUUUUUCGUUUCCGCGGGCCGUCGUCGGUCCCGCCCUUUCCGAGUGGCUCCAUCAACCUAGCCCAGCUUCGGUCCCGCGUGGAAGAAGACGCUCCAAAGUGACCCGAGUGACUCUUAUUGCCCGUCUCGCGGGGUAUCUUCUCGUUCGUCGAGCCUCUUCGUCAACGGCCAACCAACCACGUCUCGGGCACGCAGCAUGCUUUCGUCCUCGAGGGCUUUCCCGCCGAUUCUCGCCGUGGCGCUCGUCGUCUGCAUCGGUGUCGCGCACGGCAUUAGAUGUUACAAAUGCGGACAGUACAACGAGGGAGUCGGCAGCAUUACACCGUGCAUUAAUUACACCGCACACAUGCUGAUGGAAUGUCCAACCUCGGACGAAUGGUGCAUCAAAUACGUCAGCGAAGGAUCGACGGUGCGGGACUGCGUGCCCACGUGCGUGGAGAAAGAGGCCUGGAGCACGCGGACGUAUUGCUGCCAACAGGACGGCUGCAAUUCAGGGCCGUCGUUGACGGCGUCGAGCGGCGCCUACUUCGUCCUGGCGAUCUCGCUGGCGGUUCUCAUGAUGUGCCGAAGCCUUCGUGGCUAAUACGUCGUCCCGCAGGACGGAGGAUCCGCGCCACGAGCGUCACACGGACACCGCAUAGGUCCUUAUUCAUUCGCGAAAACUUGCACAUGAGGUUUCGGGAGGCGAGCGGAGGGGAAAGGUCGGAGGAGGCGGGGAAGGGAGGUUGCAGCUUGCACUAACAGACGUUUGCGCCGGACGAUCGAGGUUACACACAUACACACACACACACAAAAGCGGGUCUCGCGGAGACGGUGGAAGUCGAUCACAGUCGCUCCUUCGAUCCUCCAGGAUCCUUCCCGUCGCGUCGGGCGCUGUUCGACGAGCCGAACGUUCCACGUUAAUCACUUAGAAUCGCGAUCACGGGCUUUUCGCGGCUUCACACAGUGCUCGGAGCUUUCGUCAGUGUGCCAUUUCCCGCUUACCGCCGUCGACGUCGUCGAUACACGCAGAACAUUUUUCUAGAUGUUAACAUACGCGAACGCGAGAAAAGUACCGUAUAGUCUCGCCCGGUUAGGAUAUGCUUCUAACGUCGAAACAAUUUCAAGGCAAUACGGGAGAUUUAGGAAGCAAUACGAACGGCACGAUUACAGCACUGCAUAUCGUUACCCACAAACCAUAGUCUGCGUCAUGCAAACACAACGAAUAUCCCGUCUUACCGCUCUCAUUGACGCGUUACGUAGUAGCAUUAUACGUUACAUAAUAGUUACCAGCCGAUAAAACAUUUUCCCAUAUCCCGGCAUUAGAAAUAAACGCGCUAAAUUCCGGUUGCAGUGUCGAAAACGCAUACAUCGGCAUGGGGCAUUUUUUAUCUUUCCGAUAUCUCCCUGCACGUGGAAAAUUGACACACAAUCGUGUUAAAAGUAUACAUCUGAUAGAUACCUGUUCGUUUAUUAGUGUCAUUUGUCAAAUUUCGGCUUUAGCAUCGAGUAUAUCCUAGUCGCGCGACAGCAGUAAAGACCAGUAAAUUGUCCUAAGUAGAAAAAGGAGAAAACCAAGACAGGAACUGGGCAGUUUUUCACCGGUAUGAAUUAAUUAGACAAUAAUUGUUGAGAAAUUGUCCAAGAAAUACUGGCUAUUAUUUCUUGGCCAGUACUUUCCAUAAACUAUCCCUCAAAAAAUAACAAAUUAGUACUAGACAGUUUGAGUUUGCAGCGGAAACUCUUAAAAUUCUGGCUAGUGUCUCCUGGCCGUUUCCUUGCUAGAAACUAGGCGAAAUAACAAACGAAUGAAAUGCCUAAAAUCUUAUUAGGAACCGAUCGGAAACCGGCUAGUUUUACUAUCCGGUUAUUGCCGGGGCAAAAGUCUCCCAAACUUGUAAGGUUUUGCUGCCGGUAAAACCGAUCGGGAAAUAGCUAGUUAGGGAAUCACUGGCCAGUUACUGGCUGGAAACUAGUUUAAUUUCUACUUGGGAUGUUGUCAGCAUGUCGAUUAUUAUUGAAGAAAAAUUUUCUGCGUGCACGACGAUCCUCGAGCCGGCGAAUAAAUUGAGGCGCGCGACGAUCGAUUGAGACAGGUGAGAGCGCGUCGACGCAUACAAUUGCUCGCUCUCGCCGGAGGGGGGAGGAACGUUUGCUGAUUUUAUUACUGGCGCGGCAGUUAUAGUUUCAGCCGCGGAGAAAUUACGUUAAUACGCGGUAUUCACCUGUUGCUCUCGUCACUCGGCGGACCGAUCGAUUUCCGUGGAUCAUUAGCGAGACACCGAACGGUGCGAAUCUCGCGAGUCGCAGUGCUCGCGGCGCGUGUGUUCCUACCCGUGGCAGCAUCCAUUCUUCCUCCAGGCUACCACGAUAUCGUCAAUAAACCGAGUAAAAGUGUUUUCAUGAAGUACCGAUUGCUAGCCGGCGUUUACCAAUCUGUUCGGCUAAUUUGCAGCCAGGAAAUAAGGUCUACACGGUAAAAACAUUUUGUAUCUGUAUUAAAAUCGAUCCUCGUUAACAUAUCUUCGUGAUUUUUUUACAAAAUUCGACCCGUGCGUUAAUUUAACGUAUUGUGCUUAUGUUACCUGAAUAUAUUUUGUGUUGAGUUUAUUCAAUAUGUUAUGAGGUGUAAAUUAACACAUUUUACACCUCAGUGUCGAUUGACAUGUUAUUGAUAUUUAAUUCUGCGUUAAUUUUUCGCAUAAUAUUUUUGUUGCUUUUAAACGUAUUCACCUAGUGUUAAAUUAACACAAAAAUUCAUGCGAACCGUUUAGGACACGUGAGAUGCAUUAAAUUUAAUACAGAAUUUUUUACCGUGUAGGAUAUGCCGAGUUUCGACUGACUGGAAUUCCUAAACCAACCAGCUAUUUACUAAUCUGUUCGACUAAUUUCUCGCGAAAUUUUGCGCCAGGUUCAUCUAAACAUGAUUUUCUACCCAGUUGCCGACAGUUGCUCUCUAGUUUCUGAUUUCUUCUUUUAUUCUGGCUAGUUUUACUUUCUAGUUGCUGCCGAAACGAGCGUCGACCAAACUGACUGGUUUCCAGACGGUAAUCAGAAUUCCUGGUCAAUUACCGGCUGGAUUCUGGUUUGCUCCCUUCCGCGAGGUUCCACAUAUUUCCCCGAUAUCUCUUUUCUCCGGCGUGAGUCCUCUCUUCCGGAGCGAAAUAUCAAGAGAACAUCGCCGGGGAGAGAAGCGCGACUGUUCCGACGAACUCGGCUUUCCACAAUGCGGUUCCACGGUGCGGACACGACGAUGCGGCAAAUUACGGGGAAUUUACAAAUAACGUUUACGAAAAUACUACCAAUAUAGCAUGACGUGACGGGACUUCUAGAGGGGAGGAAGGGGGGAAGGACUCCCUCUGGCGAGCGACGCUCUCUCGAAUUAACGAGCGCGCAUUCCGGCGUAACUCUUGUAACCCUCAUUUUAUCGGCUCGACGUGCGUAUUUGGUCACAUUAGCGGCGUAAAAUCACGACGGACGAAUUAAUUCGGCGAACAUGGUGGAACAUACCCUCGGAAAACUCUCGAGCGACGCGGAGAAAUCAGCUCGUUAAAUCCGACGCGUUGUAUCGCGCCGGCUCUUCCCCCCUCACCCCUCGGUCGCUCUCGCUCUAUUAAAUUCGCACGUUUCCGCAUACGCUCGCGGAUCGACUGCUCUCCCAAUGGGAAAGUUUCUCCCCGAUCGGGGUUUGAUUGAAAACUUCGUUUGCCGAGUUCGGCCGAACUGAGAUUCCAUUUACGGCGCGUCUACCGCGCGAUGUUUAGCGUUCGAACAACGCGGGCGAUCAAGGGCGAAGGGUGGGGGAGGGGCAACCUUUGCCGAUUCGAGAGUUCCAUGGAAUGACGGCGGAAGUUGCCGGCGAGGUCGACGCUGCAGGAAAUACCUCCGGGUUGAAAAAUGUUGUGGGAAAAAAAUUGAUCACCAGACGGAAACUGGACGGUUUUUACUGGCUUGAAUUAAUUAGACAUUAAAUGUUCGGAAACUGUCCAAAAAAUACUAUGAAUGUCUCUUGGUCAGUUAUUUGCCAUAAACUAUUCCAAAAGAAGAAAUAGUAAGUUAAUACUGGGCACUUUCGAUCCAGCAAGAAUCCUGAAAAUUCUGGCUUCCCGGCUAGAAACUAGGCGAAGUAAUAAACAAAUGAAAUAGUAAACAAUUGUAAGUUUGUGAUAGAGUAAAACUGAUCAGAAAUUAACUAGAGAAUUACCAACCAGUUACUGGCUAGAAACUGGUUUAAUUUCUACCUGAGAUAAAAAUAACUCUAACGCGAUUUCUCUUCACUUUCAUUUCAGAAACCCGGCGGUGUUGACGAAAAAAUGUCUUCUUUUAAUCAGAGUAAAAUUUAAUUAAAAUUCGACGCGCGCGCGCGCGCGCGGGCCUUUCAUUUCGAGAUGAUAUUUCGUCGGGCGUGGGCUUUUCACAUGCGAUUUUCCUCGAAAUAGUCGCGACGGGGGUGGCGAAUGAGAGGCGACAACACAUUUGAUACCUGUGUGGCACGCAAUUCCGCGACAACGACGAAAAGCUCAGGAACGGUCGUCGUUCGCGCCACGUGCCGGCGCUUCUUAUCGGCUUUCGCAUUAGCUCCUCGCGCGACUCAACUCGCCUUCGCCGGAGAUUUCCCUCGCGCGACGCUCCGAAUGCGAAUUCUUCCUCGUUGUUUGACAUCGUCGGGUCCCUGAAUUUAUCCAACGCGCGUUUCCGAAUAGGUCCGCGUCCCGUCCCAAGUAGAAACUAAACUAGUUUUUAACUGGCCGGUAAUUCCCCAGCCAGCUAGUUUCGCAUCAGUUUUAUAGUUGGCCAAAACUUACAAGUUUGGGAGAUUUUUCUUUUGCCUCAAUAAUAACUGGAUAGUAAAACUAGCCAGUUUCCGACCAGUUUCUAAUGAAAUUUUGAGCAUUUCAUUUAUUUACCGUCUCAUUUGUUUAUUAUCUCGCCUAGUUUCCGGCCGAGAAAUGACCAAGAAACACCAGCUAGAAUUUUACGAGUUUUUGCUGGAUAGAAACUGUUUAAUAUUAACUUGCAAUUUCUUUUGUUUUGGAAUAGUUUAUGAUAAGCAACCGGCCAAGAAAUAAAAGUCAGUAUUUUUUGAACAGUUGUUAUCUAAUUAAUUCAAACCAACGAAAACUGUCCAGUUUCUGUCUAAUGACUCGUUUUUCCCUAAUUUUUUUCUACACGUGGUGAAACCGUUUCUCAAGACGCCGCUCUCGAUGAGCAACACCGUUACUCCGGAUUUAUUUCCCGAAAUUUUGGUUCUCAAAUCUUGAUUCGAUAAGGAGAAAGAAGAAAGAACACGCCGAAGAAGAGCAAUUCUCGGGCUUCCGGUCAGGGAAACGAUCGCACUUUGAUUUUUUAGUAGAAUACAGGUUGGGAGGAUCGUUUUAAAUUAACCGGUUUAAGUUAAAAUUCGGAUUAUUAAAAAUUCAGCCAAGUCAAGUCAGAAGUUAUUAACCGUUCAACUUUUUAAAUUUAAAUUUUAACCGAGCAACAAGUUAUCACCCGAUUCUGAAUACGCCGACUGUGUAUCCGCUCCGUGUCGCGAUUUUUUUCUUCUGAGCUCCAGCCAGCUGGCCUUUCUCAUCGAAAGCGACAUUCGCGCGCUUGGAUUGGAUUUAUUCAAAAAGUUUCGCCGCCGUCCUAUUUUUCGCCGCGCGUUUUAUCGACGCUUCUUCCGCCGUCCGCCCUGCGACCUCGUACAUGCGAGUUUAAUAACAUCGGGACGGUCAGAGGGGCGGCGGCUGCGGCGGGCCGUCGAAAACGCGGGCGGCCGAAACGCGCGGAGGAGACGAUAUAUCGAUAUUUCGGUGGACGAGACUCCGCGCUCGGAAUUUUAUGAAUAUUUUUCGGCGCGUCACCGCACGUUUCUUCUCUCUCUCUUCUCACGCGCUUUUCAUCGCUGCCUCGCGUCCGAAUGUCCCGUGAUCUCCUUUCAUCACGGAUCUAUUAAAGCUUUCGCGAUCCUCCGGAGAAUACACAGACCCGUCUCGGGAGAUUGGCGUGUCUGCGGGCUG